AUGGAGGAGGAGGAGCAUGUGGAGGAGGUGGAGCAGGUGGAGGAGGUGGAGCAGGUGGAGGAGGUGGAGCAGGUGGAGCAGGUGGAGGAGGUGGACCAGAUGGAGGAAGAGGAGCAUGUGGAGGAAUCGGAGCAUGUGGAGGAGGUGGAGCAGGUGGAGGAGGUGGAGCAGGUGGAGGAAGGAGAUGCAGCUUCCUCCUCCUCUCUCCCGGUCUGGGGCACCCUGGAGGAGGUGGCUGCUGGUGCAACAGCCAGUCUCCCCCAGAGCCCUGUGGGUGUCUGCCCCUCUCCCACUGCCAUGGCUGCCACUCCGGGGAGCCAAUCUGAAGACUAUGGCUUCAGCAGGCAAGAUGAAGUGCCAAGCACCUCGCAUGACCAGGAAAAUGCCAGGUCCUCACUCCAACAGGCACUACAGGUGAAGAAGAGGGAGCUGGUACAACUCCUGAUCAGUAGGUAUCUCGCCAAGGAGCCGAUCACAAAGGCAGAAAUAUUGAAUAGUGUCCUCAAAGAUUACCAGGACCACUUCGUGUUGGUCCUCGAUCAAGCCAUAGAGUACCUGCAGCUGAUCUUAGGUUUGGAUGUGAAGGAGGUGGACCCCAGUGAGUCCACCUAUAUCCUGGUCCCCAUCCUGGGCCUCACCCUCAAUGAGACGCUGAGGGAUGAGCAGAGGUUGCCCAAGGCCGGCCUCCUGGUGAUGGUCCUGUGCCUGAUUGCUGUGGAGGUCGAAUGCGCCCCUGAGGAGGCGAUCUGGGGUGCACUCAGUGGAAUAGGGGUGUUUCCCGGCAGUGAGCACUUCAUCUAUGGGGAGCCCAGGGAGCUGCUGACCCAAGUGUGGGUGCAGGAGGGUUACCUAGAGUACCGGCAGGUGCCUAACAGCGACCCUGCUCGCUCCGAGUUCCUGUGGGGUCCCCGGGCCUAUGCGGAGACCAGCAAGUUGGAAGUCCUGGAGUAUCUGGACAGAAUCAAUUGAAGGGGUCCCAGCUCCUUCCACCCCCUCUGCAGAGGCUGCGAGGGAGGAGAAAGGGGAACUCUUGAGCCAGAGAAGUAGCCAGGCUCCUUCCAGGCCCACAUUGAACAGCUUGUCCUGGGGGCAGGAACGGAGGCUGAUCUUUCCUUCUGUGACUGAAAAGGUAGCAGUCAGCCUUCUUAGCAGUGAGGGCCUGGGCCCAUUGUGGGAACCUGGUAUGUUGCAUCUUUGUGUUCCUUUUCUCUGGCAUGCAGACUCAUCUCUAUUUUCUUUAGGAAUUUUUCAGGUAUUACUCCUUUUUAAUAGAAGGCUUAAGGAGUUCCAGUGUUUAACUAUGUCAGUGACGUUGAUCACACCGUGUUUGUACUUACCCAUUUCAAGAACAAGAGUUUUGCUAUUUUGUGAAAGGAAAUUAGGAACUCUUCCAUUUUAUUUCAUGGUUUUGAACAAGAUAAUAUGGAGUUAGAAUGAUUUGGGAAAUGUGAACUAUGGAAGAAUUUGAAAAUAAAAAGUGAUUGUAGUGAA